GCGGAGCCCGGAGCCGGAGCCGCCGCCGCCGCCCCCCGAGCCCAGCAUGGUGAUGGCCGAGCCCCGGCGGCCCCCGGCGCUGCUGCCCCGCGGGCUCGGGCCCGUCCGCGUCGGCUUCUACGACAUCGAGGGCACGCUGGGCAAGGGCAACUUCGCGGUGGUGAAGCUGGCGCGGCACCGCAUCACCCGCAGCGAGGUGGCAAUAAAAAUCAUUGACAAAUCUCAGCUGGAUGCUGUGAAUCUGGAGAAGAUCUACAGGGAGGUGCAGAUAAUGAAGAUGCUCGACCACCCACACAUCAUAAAACUCUACCAGGUGAUGGAGACCAAAAGCAUGCUGUACCUGGUGACAGAAUUUGCCAAAAACGGGGAGAUUUUCGAUUACCUGGCCAGCCACGGGCGCCUGAGCGAGCCCGAGGCGCGGCGCAAGUUCUGGCAGAUCCUGUCAGCAGUGGAAUAUUGCCACGGCAGGAAAAUCGUGCACAGGGACCUCAAAGCUGAGAACCUCCUGCUGGACAACAACAUGAACAUCAAAAUAGCAGAUUUUGGCUUUGGGAAUUUCUACAAGAGCGGGGAGCCUCUGACAACGUGGUGUGGGAGCCCCCCCUAUGCAGCCCCAGAGGUCUUUGAGGGCCAGCAGUACGAGGGACCCCAGCUGGACAUUUGGAGCAUGGGGGUGGUGCUCUAUGUGCUGGUGUGUGGAGCUCUGCCCUUUGAUGGACCCACCCUGCCCAUCCUGAGGCAGAGAGUGCUGGAGGGGAGGUUCAGGAUCCCUUAUUUCAUGUCAGAAGAGUGUGAGCACCUGAUCAGGAGAAUGUUGGUCCUGGACCCAUCCAAACGUUUGAGCAUUGCUCAGAUCAAGGAGCACAAGUGGAUGCUGGUGGAAGUUCCUGCCCAGAGGCCAAUCCUGUACCCACCAGGAGAGGAGAACGAGCCCUCCCUGGGGGAGUACAACGAGCAGGUGCUGAGGCUGAUGCACAGCCUGGGCAUAGACCAGCAGAAAACUGUGGAGUCCCUGCAGAACAAGAGCUACAACCACUUUGCUGCCAUCUACUACCUGCUGGUGGAGAGGCUGAAGUCGCACCGGAGCAGCUUCCCCGUGGAGCAGCGCGUGGACGCGCGCCAGCGCCGGCCCAGCACCAUCGCCGAGCAGACCGUGGCCAAGGCACAAGCUGUGGUGCCCUCGGUGAACCUGCAUUCCCAAAAUCCAAGGCUGCUGCAGUCUCCAGGGCUCCCCUCAGCCUCAGGAGCUGAAACCUUUUCCUUCCCCCCCUCCAGCUGCCAGGGAGAGGCAGCUUUUAUGGAGGAGGAAAGGGUUGAGACACCAAAGGUGAACGGCUGCCUGCUGGACCCCGUGCCUCCCGUGGUGAUGAGGAAAGGAUGCCAAUCCCUGCCCUCCAGCAUGAUGGAAACCUCCAUUGAUGAAGGAAUCGAGGCAGAAGGAGAGGCAGAGGAGGACCCAGCGCAGGCCUUCGCUGCCCUGCAGGCAGCUCGAGGGGGGAAGAGGAGGCACACCCUGGCUGAGGUCACCAACCAGCUGGUGAUGGUGCCAGGCACAGGGAAAGUCUAUUCCUUGGAUGAGAACUCCUCGCUGGGCAGCAUCGACUCGGAGUACGACAUGGGCUCCGUGCAGAGGGAUCUCAAAUUCCUGGGAGAGACCCCUUCCUUGAAGGAGAUGGUGCUGAGCAGCCAGCAAGCCCCACGGGUGACCUCCCCUUUCAUGGGGCUCAGGCCUGCCAACCCGGCCAUGCAGGCCCUGAGCUCCCAAAAACGAGAGGCUCACAACCGCUCCCCCGUCAGCUUCCGCGAGGGCCGCCGAGCCUCCGACACCUCCCUCACCCAAGGAAUUGUAGCAUUUAGGCAGCACCUCCAGAACCUGGCACGAACCAAAGGAAUCCUGGAGCUGAACAAAGUCCAGCUGCUGUAUGAACAGAUGGGAUCAGAGGAAGAACCUUCCCUGACAUCAGCUGCCUCCCAGCUGCAGGACCUCAUUAACAGCCCUGCACAGGAGGAAGGCUCCCAGCAGCAGCAGCAGGAGGCUCCAGCUGCUUUCCCCAACAGUGCACACCCCCCACUGCUGUCCCGAAGGCAGAGCCUGGAGACUCAGUACUUGAAACAGCGGCUCCAGAAGCCCACUCUGCUCUCCAAAGCUCCCAACACUUGCCAGCUCUACUGCAAAGAACUGCCCCGGAGUCUGGAACAGCAGCUCCAGGAGCACAGGCUGCACCAGAAGAGGCUGUUCCUGCAGAAGCAGUCCCAGCUGCAGGCCUACUUUAACCAGAUGCAGAUAGCAGAGAGCUCCUACCCCCAGGCCAGCCCGCUGCCCCUGCCCUGCCCGGAGGAGCUGCAGCCCCAGCAGCAGCAGCAGCAGCAGCAGCAGCAGCAGCAGCAGCAGCAGCAGCAGCCAGCCCAGUUCAGCCUGCAGCAGCCCCUGAGCCCCGUGCUGGAGCCCUCCUCGGGGCAGCUGCACUUCGAGCCCUUCCUCAGGCAGUACCCGAAGGUGCAGCUGGAGCCGCUGCCCCCCAGCCCGUCCCGGCUGUCACCCCCGGGGCAGGGCCAGCCAGCACAGCCCCUGCAGUUCCCUUUUCAGACUUGUGAGCUGCCUGCUGUCCCCUCUGCCGAGCAGUGCCACCUCCCCCAGAGCAGUGUAGCGUUGCCUGAGAGCCAGAGCAGCUCUGCAGAGGCACAGCCCAGCUACGACUCCCUGCCCCUGUCAGAACUGCCCGGACUCUUCGACUGUGAGAUGAUGGAGGCUGUGGAUCCCCAGCACGGAGGCUACGUCCUGGUGAAUUAGCACCCAGGGCGUGCUGGAAGGACAAAUGGAGAAGCAUGUGAAUUUUUGGGUGGUUUGUUUUUUUUUUUCCCCCCCGCCCCCACCACUCUCCCCUCCCCGUUCCUACCCCUCGGAAUUCCUGGUAGUUUUUCGACCCUUGAAUUAAGAGGGGAACUAAAAAUCCACCUGGCUGGAAGAAAGAAAGAAAGAAAAAAAAAAAAAAGGAAAAAAAAGCAGGAGGUGUUAGGCCCCAAUGGCAGGGGCUGGAGAACAGGGAGUGCAGCUUCAAAGUCUGCUUGGAAGGAGGCAAAAAAAGUGAAUUUCAGAGGAAGGAAAGAGCCCCUGCGGAAAAAAAAUCGUGGAGUUUGUCAGCAUUCAUCCACCAUCCACUUGGAGAGAGGAAAGUGAGUGCACACUUAUCAUACUUCUUGGCAAUAAAAGCAAUAGUUUUCACUGAAAUUCAGGGUAGAUUUGGGUCUGCGCUGAUGGCAACUGAAAUCCUCUGGAGAACGGGAGCACGAGGUGGAAUUCAAGGGAAGUUGCACUUUGGUUGAGCUCCCGGCCUGGAACUGCUCCGUGGCCAGCCCUGAGCGUCUCAGGCAGCCUCCACUUCCUCCUGCUGGCACCUAAUCAGGAUUUCCCAGGCCUGCCAAGGAGCUCUCCGCUGUCUGCUGAAGGAAUCUGGAGCAAGAGACACCUUGAAUUUGUCAAAAGACACCUGGGACUGUGUGGAGAGACCUCUGGGUGGGCAUCGGAAUUCUGGAGGAUCAGGGAUGAGCCAACAGAGACAGAAGGUAAGAGAGCCAUGAGAGAAAGAGCAAGAGCUGCAGGAAAUGGCAUUAAAAAAAAAAAAAAAAUGAAAUCCACCUGGGUGGCUUUUAAAAUUACCCCCUUUUGCAGGAGGGCUCUGUCCUGGAGAAGUUCUGCUCGCUGGAAAGGAUCCACCUGUCCCUGGGUUGCAUUUUAAAAACAAACAGGCAAACAAAACUGUGUUUUGAAUUUGCAGUAUGUGUUGCUGGUGGUUUCUUGAGCUUUGUAUAUUUGGACAAUUAUUUAGGGUUUUAGAACUUUAAGGAUAAAAAAAAAAAAAAAACAAUGAGCUUAUAAAAAAGUAAAAAAAACGCCCCUGUGAAGUGAUAGUGCUGUGCCUUUUUCAGUUCUUUAUCAGCCUAUAUGCUUUUUUCUGAAGAAAGUAGACAAUACCCCAUUUAUAUCCCUGCUGUGGCCAAAGUCCCUUCAGAGCACACGUCCCACCAUGUGGGACAUGUUUAACUUUCUUAGUGCUUGAACAGCUCGUGUAUAUAGGACACUGAAAGUAUCACAGCAAUAUUUCAGCAUCAAACUGUUGAUGUAUCGACCAUUUCAAGGGAUGCUCCAGCUCCACCAGGAGCUGUGUCUCCAGAACUUUCCACUCAUGAAACCCAAGUCGCAGGAGGGGGGUGGCUCAGGGAGCUGCAGGAAGCUGAGAUCUCCAGUUUGGGGUUUGGCUCUGACCCUGAAGUGUCGUGGGCCAGGCCAGUGGCCAGCUGGCCAGGCCAGCCCUUUCCUGAGCAAACGUUUAAGCACAAUUGCAGCUUCAUCAAAGCACAAAGAGCGAGAGAGGAGCUGUGCUGAUCACACCAGAGUUUGCUGGAAGGUUUGGUCUUUGAUACUGCAAAUCCCGAGGGCGGAGGGAGGUGGAGAAUCAGCGUUCACAGCAAUAACACCACAUGAAAACGUGGACUAGGAGGGGUUUGGCCACUGUGUGUGAGGGGAGAAGGGUUCAGCAGGUGACAGAAGGCACCUGGUGCCUGUGUGUGCAGGCAGAGACAGCUCCUGUGCUCUGGCCCAGUCCAAAGUGCUCAGCUUCUGCCUCUGCUGGCACAGGGAUUCUCGAGGCAGCAGCAGAGUUGAAGGAACGGGGAUCACGAGAGAAAGAUGGCUCUGCUUUAAAGGGCUGAGAGAAAAGGUUUUUGUUGUGUGGUUUCCCUUCAGAAGGGAAUCUGUCUGACACCGUGGAACACAGAGUGACACCUGAAGGGAAACAGCCUGACAAAAACUGCAGCAGAGCAGAGCAGGAGCGAUGAGGAAACAGAGUGCUGUCCUUUCACUCCUCCUUCCCUGCCCCAGAGCAGAACCCACGCGUUCUGGAAUGUGAAAUGUGUCCCAACACUCACAGACUGGGCAGUGAAAGCUGCCUCCAGGACAGCCAGCACUCUGGAGACAGCCCCAGUGCUGCUGCAGGAGCUGGGUGGCUGCCAGAACAAUCACCACUUCCUUCCCCAUCCAGCUCCAGGAUCCCGCACGUUUCAGGACUCAAAAAUAAUUCCGUCCUGGAGUUCUGCAAUUCAUUUAUCAGGAUGUGCCAACCAGCGUGAGCUCCUUUGAGCUUCGCAGUGCUGGGCAGGGGGAAGCUGCAGUAUUUUUUAAUGUAGUUUAGACUGACUCUUUCCCCUCAGCCAAAAGCAUAUUGAACAUUUCAUGUCAUUUCCUUUAAGCCAAUUAGGACUAAAAGGCUUCUGAAGCCUUCUCAUACAGAGAGGAUCCAUUGGGCACCACUUCCUUCUCCUUUGAAGUGGCUUUUUUGUUCCAAUCUCUUCUGUUCUAACACUAGAGAACUGUGUACACUACUGUUAGAGUAAUUAUUAGCUUUAUUAUCUUGUACUACAGCCUCCUUUGAAGAGACUUUGGUGUGAUGUAUAUGGGGUACAAAUUUCAUACGGAGAAAAGUGCAAUAUGUGUGUGUGUGGUAUGUUCUUUAAUGUAUUUUUUUAAGGAUUUAGAGGGUUUAGUCUCUGCUUUGGGAUAAAUGCACUAGUUUUGUGAGCUCCAGUUUGGCAAGUUCAUCUGUAGUAUUUACAUGCAACUGAUCUGCUGGACUCUGUAAAGCAGUUACAGUGUAUUAAUACACAAUAAAGAAUAUGUGCAUUUCAUUUUUUAAA